GCUCUUGUGUCCUCAAACGCGUGUGGUGGUCCUAACACUGUCGACACCAGCAUAUUCUCUCGCGCCCCAACCGUCAACCCACAAGCUCUGCAUUCUGCUCUGGACCAAUGCCUUGAGAAGUUAGAAACGGUUUUUGACAUCUCUAUUAGUCUUCUUGCUCAUCCAGAUGGCGACGUAAGUCAAGGUGUCUUGCCCUUUAUCGGAGACUACUUGGGUCUGCUCAAGGCUGGCACCGCUUCUGACCAGUCCGGUAAACUCUGCAAGUCGCCCACAACUAACCAGCAGGUUGCUGGUGGAGCCAAAAUCCUUCUUGAACUGAACGAAUCUCGCCAAUUCAAGCUUGAUCGUCUUCUACGCGUUUUGCUCGACAAGCUUAAGUAUCCCACAGAUGCUAGCGCCGAAGAAAUGGAGGAUUUCGAGGAGGAUCGACAAGAGUUUCUUGGCAUUGUACGAAUCAUAGCACGUAUCCAAGGUUCGCUUGUAUUGAAGACGAUUCAAACUACCUUACAAAACGUCCUCACCAAUUUGCCUGCGGUUGGCCAAAAGGAUCGCGGAGAUGACAAUCUGGCACACCUUGAUGCCUGCCUAUAUCUCUUCUUCUCAUUGGGCGAGUUCCUUAAGGCCCCGCGCAAUGAUCAUUUCUCACAGGCCUACGCUCACGGUGAGAAGAUGGCUGAGAUUAUGACAAGCAUCUGUGAAAGCAAUAUUUCCUCCAUCGACUACUUUCCCAUUCAAUUAAAUUUCUUCGAAAUUAUCGGUCGUUACGACAAGUUCUUCAUUACUCACCCGAAGCUCCUAUUGAAUGUCAUGGUGGCAUUCUUGGAUGAGAGAGGACUAAGAAAUCCACGUGCAAAUGUUCGUUGCCGAUGUGCCUACCUGUUUAGUCGACUGGUUAAAUCUCACAGAGGCACUCUGGCGCCCCAUGCCCAACAGAUCCUCCAGCAGCUAGAAGGCCUCUUGCCUCUGGAUCCAACACCCGAACUUCCAUCACAAAAGACCGCAGGCUUAGAAAAUGGCACCACCAAGUCACUAUCUAACGGUACUCACCAUCAAAAGUUCCUCUCCAUCACAGAACAGAGUUUCCUAUACGAGUCUUCAGCACAUCUCAUUCUCGCCAGCGCGCUUCGUAGUGCAAACUCUAAUGGUAAUGGCGGAACUGCAACAGACUCCCAGACCUCGCACCUCUUCGCCAUGUUGCUGCGACCAAUCAUGAUCCAAUUUCCCGAAUUGGUUCGUCUGCUGGCUGCUGAAAAGGACCCUCUUGUUGCAGAACCGCGUGGCGUGGUGGUCAAGCAAGCUGCUGACCUCAUCACCCGCACAACGCGAGUGAUGUCAUCUCAGUCACCCCUGAACCCGGAGUUCAUUCCUAUCUUCAUGGAUAUCCUCAAUGUGAUGGUGAACAGUAUGGCCUAUCUGCCCACAGCCCCCGGCAGUCCUGGUCGGGGGGCCGCCUGCACUGGCAUUCGGGCCUACCUGCACCGUUUGAUUGUCUGUAUUGAGCCCGAAUGUACCGUGCCGUGCCAACCAGCUAAAGACGGCGACUCCAACGGUGGUCUGUCCAACGCUUCUGAGUGGUUAAUGCUAGCCAUCUCUUCCAUCAUGCCCCAGCUCAUUGGUGUCAAUCAGGAUGGCACCGCUUUGGUGGAAGCUGCGGAGACGGAUAUUGACCAGCGCUGGCGUGAAUUACGCGACAAUAUGCCACUCUUCACCCAGAUUGCUUCGCGAUACAAAGUAGUCUGUGCCCAAGAGGCAUCCUUCUAUGAGGGUUUUAUUCUCUCCCACCUUCUCCCUCUCUGCUUCCUUCUACCCGCCCGGCCGGAUUUCCGUCUCACCGACGCGCAGUUCGUUCUGGCGCUGAACGAGUCAGUCGGCUGCAUCCAUGUCAUCAAUUCUGUUAAGGGCCAAGUCUUUCAGGAUUUUCUACAAGGCACCUUCCUACCUCAGCAAAACCUCUCCGCUCAGUACAUCGAGUCCUAUGUGAACAACCUACGCUCCAACAGCUUGACAGAGUUUCAGGUCUUCGCCAAGGUUUGUGGCCUUGCACCGUUAUUUGGUCUCUUGGUUAUGCCGGGUGUGGUUGCGCAAAGAAGACUUUUAGCGUCUAUUUUUUGA